CCACGCUCGGCUCCCCGGCAUCUCCGCCGCACCUCGCUAGAGAGAUGCCUGUGCAUUGGAAGCUCUCUGCAGCAUGCUGAGGAGACGUAACCUUCUUACCACGCUCCUGAUCGCCUUGCCAUGGGCUCUUCUCCUAACCUUGUGGCACCAGUACCCAACCACCCGCUACCUCAGCCUGCUGAGAAAAGAGACAGAUGAGAACGUGACCUCUAAAGCUCUCCUCAAUGGUACAUCUGCACUGAGAGAAGAAGGCCUCCCAUCAUGCAUUCAGCAGCAGCAAAGCAUAGGGGCAACACCUAAAGUCAUUCAGAAUUAUGUGUACUCCAGGCCUCCCCCAUGGUCAGACACCUUGCCAACCAUCUUUGUUAUCACCCCUACCUACACCCGGCCAGUGCAAAAAGCUGAGCUGACCCGUCUGGCCAACACCUUCCUACACGUACAGAACCUGCACUGGGUGGUGGUGGAGGACUCGCCCCGGAGGACCAACCUUGUAUCCAACCUGCUGGAGAAGGCAGGGCUCAACUUCACCCACCUCAAUGUGGAGACGCCCAAGAGUCUGAAGCUGGGUUUGUCCUGGAUCCCAUCCCACACUCCACGGGGGACACUGCAGAGGAACCUGGGGCUGCACUGGCUGAGGGACAGCUUCAGCAACACUGCACCACCAGAAGGAGUAGUGUAUUUUGCCGAUGAUGAUAACACCUACAGCCUGGAGCUCUUUGAAGAGAUGCGCUACACGAGGAGGGUGUCAGUCUGGCCGGUGGCUUUCGUUGGGGGGCUGCGCUAUGAGUCCCCAAAAGUGAGCCCAGCAGGGAAGGUGGUGGGCUGGAAAACGGUCUUUGACCCUAACCGGCCCUUUGCUAUUGACAUGGCUGGAUUUGCCAUCAGCAUCAAGCUGAUUUUGGAGAAGCCUCAGGCCAGUUUCAAGCUGGAGGGAGUUAAAGGAGGUUACCAGGAAACCAGUCUGCUGAAGGAUCUAGUGACUAUGGAGGGGCUGGAGCCCAAAGCAGCCAACUGCACAAAGGUGUUGGUCUGGCACACAAGAACUGAGAGGCCCACCCUGGUUAAUGAAGGCAAACGUGGAUUUACAGACCCCAGAGUAGAGGUGUAAGCAGAGAGCCAGCUCCAGGAUAGGCAGUAGGCAGUGAUCACACCUGAAGUUUGUUAGCAACCACAGCAGCUGCACGUGCUGCCUGUUCUGCCUGGCCCUCUGCUCCACUGCUGGAGGAUGAUAAGCACCCCCAAACGUAGCCACGCAGAUCAGCUCCCACUGCCUGACAAGUGGUAACAAGCAGGGACAGAGCUGAUGUGCUGCCCUGCGAUCCUACAGCUCUUCGCCUUGGACUUUGUGCGCUGGCUCUCGUUCCCCACCUGGAGAGGACUGUGCUUCCCUUCCCCUGCGGGCUCUGUGUUUUUAACCAUUUGUUAAAAUUGAUUAGAUGCAAUCUCCAUUCAUGGCUGUACCAGCAUAGAAGCUGAAAUCCCAGGUGGGUGCAGGUGCCUCUGGAGAUCCUUCCUGGCAUAUCAGCAAACCUGAGCUUCAGUACAGCAGCUGCAAGCUGCUGUGGUUCAAGGACAGGAGUUGUCACAGGAGCACAAAGGCAGGCCUGUUGGCCUGAGGCUGGUAUGCUCUCAAAGCAACUUUAAAACAAAGCUAGCCUGAGAGAGGCUGUCUCGCUGAAGGAUGCACUUGGAUACCUACAUGGAUCAGACUUCCGUGCUGAGGAGGGAGCUGUGUUGAAGUGCCUCAUUUGGGGUUUGAGAGUUCAGAAGGGAUCUGGUGCCUAUGCUCAGCUGAGAAUUUUAACUGCUCCCACUUAAGGUUGUUUUGGAAAAUGCCAUCCUAGAUCCCCAGGCCCAGGGCCGUCUGGAUAACGUUCCUUUCCCACUCAGGGAGAGCUGGCAGGUACUGUACUUCAAAGGCCAUGCCUUCACAUCUCACUGCAGAGACCAGAAAGCAAGGGCAAAGAUGUGGGUGUUGAAAGGGUGGAUGUUGAAAGUGUUGUUCUUAGCCUGAAACCCUGCUGCAGCCCCUUCAGUAGCCUCAAAUCAUGCACACAGACUUGCUUCCUAGACCUCCAGAGAGGAAGAUGCCUUUCUGAGGUGUAGGUGGGUGAGAAGUGUUUAGAGAAGAGGAACCCUCAGCCUGCACCCAUCUCCUGUGAAAACAUUGAGGAAUAUGGAGAGACAUCAGGAAACGUAUCUUGAGCACAUAGGCGACAACUGAAAUAGCAAAUGUGACAAGGUUUUCCAGUUGGACUUGAAAGGCAUGUGUGUUGCUGUGAAGAGAGAGGAGACAGUGUCAUGUGGAAGGGUUUCCCUUUCCCUCAAUAAAACAGGAAGACAGCCAGGUGGAAGGCAGCCCACAAAGAAGGAGGUGGCAAACGAGGACCGAAGGAAAGAUGCACUGGAUUAAAAGCACAAGUGUUGGUACCAUGUGUGUGCGUGGGGGGUGGUGUCACUGUGACUUUUCCAGGAAGAUUCCUUGAAUAACCCAGAAACCCAUCUGAGCAUAUCUUGAAAACCAUCUUCACUCAAGCCAUGAGAAACAAAGCUUUAGGCAUUCAAAACAUAUAGAAGAUUUCACAGCUGGGAGAAAGUUAUGAGCGAUUGCAUCAUCCCCCACCCAAGAAAUUCUGGGUUGACAGGAACUUAUUUAUUUGUUGAUUUAUUUAUUCUAGAAUCCUCUGCCUGUUCCUUAAUGAGUUUUGGUUUUUUGCUUAGACCACCUGACGUGUUGAUGAAGAAAGAAUAUUUCCCUCCUCACCUCAGAAAAGCAGAGCUUGGCGUUCAGUGAUGAAUGUCGUAUGUUUUGUGCUCCCUGGGAUUUCUUUACAGUGGUGUCUUAAACUGGCAAAAUAAUCAGGAACACAGCAAGGAGGGGAGUACAGCGAAGGGAAUUACAGUUCCUUUAUGCAAGAGACGUGGGUGGCACUAAGUUUCUGGCUCCCAAGCAAUCAUAGUGAGGUAAAAACAUGUGAAAAGGAGUGCCUCGCUCAGCAGAUAGUCCUCAUGGGAUCUCGGGAAGCCUCCAUGAAGGGGGCUCUUGGAAGGGAUUCUGAGUGCGGGAAUCGGUUGAUGUUUCCUCACACGGGGAACAAGCAGCUGUGCAUCCUGCUGUCAGAGUACAGGAGGGGGCAAAGGGGGUGAGAUGGCUCCUGUCAGAAAGGGAGAAAGAAGAAAGCAAAAAAUAGACCACAAAUAGAGAAAUGUAGGCUAUGUUUAGGGAGGGUUAGGCCAGGGUUUUUCUGGAUGAACACACUCAGCACUACAAGGCCACCCUGUAAGCCAUCUCAGCAUGAAGGAAUACUGAAUGGGCCAUGAAAAUGGUGUCUUCUCUGGGCCCUAGGAAGAUCCUUAGAGAGCAAGGGUCUGGUUUACUGGUACUGGAUAGCAUGAAGGAAGCCUGGCAUGCACAAAUCACUUUUCAUUCUCCAUUUGUCAGAGCUUUGUGUCAUGUCCUCUGCAGGAGGCAACAGGCCUUGCACUCCAGUGGGCUUUGCUGACCCAUCCCAGCCACCAGGCAGGUGGGCUUAAUGCUUCCAACUCAGCAUUAGACCAAGAUUAAGUCCCAUUCAUAGUGGUUUCCAUGAAUGAGCAAGAGAAUAAAGGAGUUGAUUUAUGAUCCUCCAUUUUCCCCUCUGAGAUGGGCAGGGUUUCUGCCCAUAUGAACAGGAGGGGAUAUGGUGGUUAAUUCUCCGGCCUUUAAUCUCACACAGGUCCUCCAUAGGAUUUUGGCACUGCUGGUGGGUGUUUGUAGCAAGGGUCCUUUUCCACUGCAAAUGAUAACCCCCUCACACACAUUUUGAGAGAGUUGUUCUCUCUGCAUCCCUAUAAGAAAGCAACAUUAUCACUCCUGUUUUUCCCACUGGGAACCUUGAUUCCAGUGGUACGCACUACACUGUCAGUUCCGUGCUGUUUGGAGCCUGCUCUCACAACCAGCCGCAUAGCACUGUCUCCAGUCUUGCCCCAGCCUGGGCCUGUGGAGGAGAGUUUCUGUGAAUCAAGAACUUCUGUCAGUCACUAAAUUGUGCAGGACUGAGACCUUGUAUGGACAGCAUCGAUGUACACAGUUGAUAUUCCAGGCUAGCAGACAUUUGGACCAGUUCAGCACCAACAGUCUUUUCCCUGUAGAGCAGCCUAAGAAGAGACAGGACUGCUGCUGGCCAAGGUGUAUUAGCUAAGGGUAGGUAACAGAUGCCAUGAGUUGAGAUGGCUGUUAGGUGGCAGAAGUUUUUCUGUGGGAAAGCCCAGGAGUGGAGCAGCAGUCAGGGUUACAGGGAAAGUGAAUGCAAUGAAUGCAGUAAGGAGGGAAGCUGUAGAUCAAGCCUGAAGCGUCUAAAGAAGAGAAGGCAUCCCAGUGCGUGGUUUUUUACUAGCGUAUUAGUAUCUGAUAUUCAUGUUCCCUGAGAUUCAUCCGAUUCACCAACCAAUGAAUAUUACUAACGUUUCCUGUUGCAGAAAAUACUGUUGACACAGGAAAGAGAAUGUCCAGAAAGUAAUUUUUAAUGGUUAUUUAUUUAUAUUGAAUGGUACUAGAGCGUUAUUAAAUAUG